GUUCCUGCUAUUCAGCAAAAAAGAACUGUAGCAUUUCUAAACCAGUUUGUGGUUCACACAGUGCAGUUUCUCAACCGCUUUUCUACUGUUUGUGAAGAGAAAUUGUCAGCACUUUCUCUCCGUAUCCAACAGAUUGAAACAACACUCAAUAUUUUGGAUGCAAAGUUAUCCUCUAUUCCUGGCCUAGAAGACGUCAAAUUUCAAGUGUCCAGUGCAAAUACGAACAGUGUUACAAAUGGUCCUGUGGUACAAGCUACUACAGAUCAACAGACAGCUGUAUCACCUCAAUCUGGACAGAACAAUAUACAUGAAGAAGGGUUACAGAAAACAGAAGUCGUAACAGAAAAUGUCAGAACUGUGGCUAAGGAUCCAAGAUAUGCCAGAUAUCUCAAAAUGGUACAAGUGGGUGUUCCUGUAAUGGCAAUACGAAACAAAAUGAUUUCUGAAGGGCUAAAUCCAGAUCUUCUCGAGACCCCAGAUGCCCCUGUGCCUGCCUGGGGAGAUGAUGGGAAAGCAGAAGACAGUUCUGAUAGUGAAUCUUCAUUUAGUGACUGAAGAGACUGAUUUUGGCCUUUGGAAACCUCUGUUAAGUGCUAAUGUGGUUGGAGCUUUAGCAGACAGUGGUUUUGCAUGGGUCACAUGGGUGACAUGAUUUAUCUGACAGCAUUUUUUAAUAACUAAUAUCCUCCCAGAUAUAGAUACGUUCCCUCCCACAAAGUUUGAACAGGCAGCAUGUUUCAACCUGAACCUUCCCACCAUGAA